AUGGUGUCAUUCUCUCGACCAGUCGCCUCGAAUAUAGCCGAGGUCGGCUUUACUGUCUAUUCGAAUGAGGAGAUCAAGAAGCUCUCGGUGAAACGAAUUCAUAAUACCCCAACUCUUGAUUCUUUCAAUAAUCCGGUUCCUGGUGGUCUCUAUGACCCCGCUAUGGGCGCAUGGGGCGACCAUGUGUGUACUACCUGUCGCCAGAACUCUUGGUCAUGUACUGGCCAUGCCGGUCAUAUCGAGUUACCAGUCCCUCUAUACAAUGUGACUUUCUUUGAUCACAUCUAUAGGCUCCUUCGAGCUCAGUGCGUGUACUGCCACCGUCUACAAAUGUCUCGCUCGCAGGUCAACAUGUACUCAUGCAAACUACGCCUCUUGCAAUACGGUCUUACAGACGAGGUAGCGGUUGUGGAUGCUAUGGGGUCAGCCAAGGGCGCGAAGCCGAAAGCCGGCAAAGCCACUGCUGAUGAUUCGGACGACGACGAAGAAGACGAUGAUGAGACUGUCAUGGACAAGAGAACAGCAUACGUCGAAAAGGCUAUCCGGGAAGCCCAGAAGAGCGGACGAUUGGAUGGGCUGAUGACUGGCGCAAAGAACCCCAUUGCUGCAGAGCACAGGCGCCACUUGGUCAAGAAUUUCUUCAAAGACAUUAACGGCAAUCGGAAAUGUGCCAACUGCAAUGGUAUUACGCCAUCGUACCGAAAAGACCGAUACAACAAGAUUUUCCGCAAGGCUCUUCCGGAAAAGUCUAAGUUGGCCAUGAUGGCUGCUGGCUUCCAGGCACCCAAUCCCCUUGUGCUCCUUAGCUCGCAGAAGAAAUCUGCCAGACUGAAUGGCGCUCAAGCGAAUGGAAUCUCAGAUUCUGUGAGCGUUACGUCCGAACACGGCGCCGAGGAGGAAAUUCAGCGUGCAGCAGCAGCCAGCUCGCAAGAGCAAUCCGCUAGUUUCUUGAGUUCGUCCGAGGUCCAUGCGGCCAUUCAUCUUUUGUUCCAAAAAGACGGCGGUAUUCUCCAGCUCGUCUAUAACGCCCAGCCUGUGCCAAAGGGGACUAAAGUAAUCACCGCCGACAUGUUCUUUAUCAAGAACCUAUUGGUACCGCCCAACAAAUUUCGACCAGCAGCCCAGCAAGGUCCCGGAGAAAUUAUGGAAGCCCAACAGAAUAGCAUUUUCAACCAGAUACUCAAGCAGUGCGAUCAAAUCAACCAGAUCAGCAAGGAAAUCCACAAUGAAGACGAGAAGAUCGGAUUCCGCGCACGAAACUACGGAGAUUUUUUGCAGACAGUCAUCGCUCUCCAGGACAGUGUCAAUGGGUUAAUCGAUAAGGAGCGUACCUCGGUUACCGGGAGUGCUGUGGCUUCUCUACCCAACGGUAUUAAGCAGAUCCUGGAAAAGAAAGAAGGUCUGUUCCGGAAGCACAUCAUGGGAAAACGUGUGGAUAGUUGUGCUCGUUCUGUUAUUUCACCCGACCCGAACCUUGAGACCAAUGAGAUUGGUGUACCGCUCGUGUUUGCAAAGAAGCUUACAUUCCCAGAGGGAGUUACCCAGAAUAACUUUUUUGAGAUGAAAGAGGCCGUUAUUAACGGUCCAGACAAGUAUCCUGGCGCUUCUGCUAUCGAGAAUGAGAAUGGCCAAGUCAUCAACCUGAAAUUUAAGAGCUUGGACGAACGUACCGCGCUUGCGAAUCAGUUGCUUACGCCUUCUAACUGGCGGCUGAAGGGUACUCGGAAUAAGAAAGUGUACCGCCAUCUUACCACUGGUGACUACGUCUUGAUGAAUCGUCAGCCGACUUUGCAUAAGCCAUCGAUCAUGGGUCACAAAGCACGAGUGCUGCCAAAUGAACGCACAAUUCGCAUGCAUUACGCCAACUGCAACACCUACAAUGCCGACUUCGAUGGUGACGAGAUGAAUUUGCACUUCCCACAAAACGAACUCGCUCAGGCCGAAGCACGCAUGCUGGCCGAUGCCGACCACCAGUAUUUGGUUGCAACCUCAGGAAAGCCUCUGAGAGGUUUGAUUCAAGAUCAUAUUUCCAUGGGAACCUGGCUUACGUGCCGGGACAGUUUCUUCGACGAAGAAGACUAUCACCAGCUUCUCUACAGCUGCUUAAGGCCCGAGAAUAACCAUAUUGUUGGUGAUCGUAUCCAGCUUGUGGCUCCUGCUUUCAUUAAGCCCAAAUACAUGUGGACCGGCAAGCAACUGAUCACAACGAUUCUGCUCAACAUCAAGCCUCCUUCGCGUGCAGGUCUCACCCUCAAAAGCAAGAGUUCGGUACCCUCUGUGCGCUGGACGAAUGGGGGCGAUGAAAAGAACGAGGAGGGAGACGUUCUUUUCAAGGACGGUGAAUUCUUGUGUGGUAUCUUGGAUAAAAAGCAACUUGGUCCUUCUGCUGGUGGUCUUAUUGAUGCCGUACAUGAGAUUUAUGGCCACACGAUUGCUGGAAAACUCAUCAGUAUUCUUGGUCGCCUUCUCACCCGGUUCUUGAACAUGCGCGCGUUCACUUGUGGUAUUGAUGACCUUCGGCUAACCAAGGAGGGUGAUCGCAUCCGUAAGGAGAAGCUGAGCACUGCGGCCGACAUGGGCCGCGAAGUUGCCCUGAAGUACGUCACUCUCGACCAAGCCGACGUGGCCGAUAAGGAUGCCGAGUUGAAGCGUCGACUGGAAGAUGUGCUUCGUGAUGAUGAGAAGCAGAGUGGACUUGAUAGUGUCUCGAACGCUCGAAACGCUCAGCUCUCUUCUGAUAUCACAAAUAGCUGUCUUCCUGCCGGUCUUGCCAAGCCCUUCCCUUGGAACCAAAUGCAGUCUAUGACCAUUUCAGGAGCCAAGGGAUCUAAUGUCAACGCUAAUUUAAUUUCCUGCAACCUUGGACAACAAGUUCUGGAGGGUCGUCGUGUGCCCGUUAUGAUCAGUGGUAAAACCCUACCAUCUUUCCGGGCCUACGAAACCCACCCUGGAGCAUACGGAUACGUUUCAUCACGUUUCUUGACGGGUCUCAAUCCAAAGGAGUACUAUUUCCACGCAAUGUCUGGUCGUGAGGGUCUUAUCGAUACGGCCGUUAAGACCAGUCGCAGUGGAUAUCUUCAACGUUGUCUGAUCAAGGGUAUGGAAGGCUUGCGGGCUGAGUACGACUCGUCUGUGCGGGAAUCUUCAGAUGGAAGCUUAAUCCAGUGGAUCUACGGUGACGAUGGAUUGGAUAUCACCAAGCAAGCUCAUCUGAAUGAUUUUGACUUCUUGGCGGAGAACUACGAGUCCAUCCUUGAGCAAGUUCAGUCUACCCAUUAUAACGGUCUAGUCCGGGAGGAUGCUUUGGAACAACAAAACAAGAUUGUGAAGAAGCUCCGCAAGAACGCACGUGUGGAUGCUGAUCCUGUUCUAUCUCAAUUCCCACCUGGAGGUAACCUGGGUAGUACUUCUGAGGCAUUUGGCUUAGCACUCAAGAAGUACGUUGAGGAGAAUCCUCGGAAGCUCAUCAAGGAGAAGAAGGAGGAGGAUGGACUUACGAAGAAGGUCACAAAAACAGCAUUCAACGCCAUGAUGAACAUGAAAUACAUGAAAUCAGUUGUUGAUCCCGGUGAGGCCAUUGGUGUUAUGGCUGGCCAGUCUGUGGGUGAGCCCUCUACUCAGAUGACUUUGAAUACUUUCCAUUUGGCUGGCCACUCUGCAAAGAACGUUACGCUUGGUAUUCCCCGACUUCGAGAAAUCGUCAUGACUGGAAGUGUGUCGAUUAUGACUCCGACAAUGACUCUUUUGCUGAACGAUGGUAUCUCCAAGGAAGAUUCAGAGAAAUUCGCCAAGGGAAUCAGCAAGCUAACAGUGGCUGAGCUGGUUGAUAACGUCCGCGUGAAAGAGAGCAUUGGCGCUGGAAUUGGCCAUGCAAGGGCCAAGAUAUACGACAUCGAAAUUAACUUUUUCCCCGCCGAAGAGUAUAUGAAGGAAUAUGCUAUCGAAACCAGGGAUGUUCAAAAUGCUCUGCAGCGCAAGCUUAUUCCUCGCUUGGUGAAGCUCACGAAGGCUGAGUUGAAGAAGCGGAAGGAAGACAAGACUGGAAAUAAGGUUUCGACUUCACAGCCUGAAAUCGGGGCAAGUGUUGGCAGGAUCACCGAGGGCCCAAGUGGUCCCGACCGUGAAGCCCAGCAGGCUGACGAUGACAACGAGGACGAUGAGGAUGAUGCCAAGCGAUCCCGUGGAGCCCAGAACAAGAGCAACCAGGUUUCGUACGAAGGCCCAGAUGAUGACGAACGAGACUUCAUUCGGAAUCAAGACAAUGAAGACGAGGAGGAAGAGGAGGAGGAAGAAGGCACCAAGCCUACUCGUGACGUUGAUAUGGACGAUGACUCUGACUCUGACGACGAAGAUGAUAGCCAAGAGCGUGAGGACGAUGUCAAGGGCAAAUUUGAGGAGAUCACCAAGUUUAAAUUUGACCCUAAGAACGGGAGCUUGGCAAAGAUCCAGCUCCAAUAUGACAUCGAAACACCUAAGCUCCUGCUUCUUCCUCUGGUCGAGUCUGCCCUUCAUUCUGCUGUGAUCCAGUCCAUCCCCGGCCUCGGAAACUGUGUCUACGUGGAGGCCGAUGAGGCGAAGGGAGAGCCGGCUAGCAUUAUGACCGAUGGCGUCAACCUGCUGGCUAUGCGCGAUCAACAAGAUGUCAUCAACCCCCAUUCAAUCUACACCAACUCGAUCCACGACUUCUUGAGAUUCUAUGGUAUUGAAGCUGCGAGAGCCGCGCUUGUGCGCGAAAUGGAUGCCGUUUUCAAGGGUCACAGUAUUUCCGUGGACAGCCGACACCUCGGCUUAUUAGCUGACACGAUGUGCGUCUCCGGCACAUACCGUGCGUUCUCGAGAAAUGGUUUAAUUAAGGAUUCUACCUCGGCGUUUGCUCGAAUGUCCUUUGAAACUACGGUAGGCUGCCUCAAGGAUGCUGUCUUGGAACGAGACGUCGAAAACUUGAAGAGCCCAAGUAGUAGAAUCACUGUUGGGCGUCCUGGUACCGUCGGAACUGGCGCCUUUGAUGUUCUCGCUCCUGUUGCAUGA